AUGUCAAGAAAGAGGAAAUAUGAUGAUAGUUAUAUUAAAUAUGGAUUCACUGAAAUUGAAGUAAAUCGAGAAAUAAGACCUCAAUGUGUGAUAUGUACUAUUGUGCUUAGUAACGAUGCUUUGAAACCAGCAAAGCUACAGCGGCAUUUGCAUACGAUGCAUCCUACGCUCAAAGACCGACCACCCGAAUUUUUUGAAAGAAAAUGUAAAAGCUUAAAGAAAAUGAAACUAGGACCAAGUGGGGUGAAUGUCGCAUUAUUACAGCAAGUGCUAACUGCAUCAUUUGAAAUCUCCCAACUAAUCAGUAAGUCAAAAAAAGCACACAGUAUCGGCGAAACAUUAAUUAAGCCUAGCUUGCUAAUAGCUGCGAACAUUUUCGGUGAAGAUGCCAAGAAAAAGAUUCAAAAUAUGCCACUGUCCAAUAAUACAAUAAAGGCACGAAUUGGAAAAAUGUCAUGCGAUAUCGAAGAGCAACUACUAGGUAAAAUUAAAAGUUCCCUUUACUUCGCUCUUCAAUGUGAUGAAACUACUGACAUUGAGCAAUGUUGCCAGUUAUUAGUUUUUGUGCGGUUUUUAGACUUUGGGGAUAAGACCAUAAAAGAAGAGUUAUUGCUGUCAAGUGUACUUGAGACAACGUCAAAAGGGAUUGAUGUAAUGCAAAUCAAAAAAAAUAAUUUGAAACCCUUUUUGUGCAAAAGUUGA